AUGGCAGAGUGCCAUGGCGACUACAAGCGCAGCGAAGCUUUCGCUGCUGCGGGAGAAGAUGAAGGAGCAUGGACUAGACGCGCUUAUCGUCAACUCCGAGGACGCCACCAGAGCGAGUACGUCGGGGAGAGCGAGAGGAGGAGGCAGUUCAUCUCCGGCUUCUCCGGCUCUGCAGGCACCGCCUUCGUCGGCAUGGAGGGAGCAUGGCUGUGGACAGACUCUCGUUACCUCCUGCAGGCCAGCCAGCAGCUCGAUACCAGCGUGUGGACUGUCAUGCACAGCCUGCCGCGGCAAGCGUCCAUGGCGGAGCACGCGGCGGCAGAGCUUCCGCAGGGCUCGAGGAUCGGAGCAGAUCCAUGGCUGCUGCCGCUUGCUACCUACCAGACGCUGCAGGACAAACUGAGCAGCAGGGAGCACGUGCUUGUUCCGCUGACGAACAACUUGGUGGAUGAGCUGUGGGAUAGUCGACCUCGUCCUCCCAAGGGGAAAGCGUUUGCGCACCCGGUCAGACUUUCAGGAAGCAGCACGAAGGAGAAGCUGGAGAGGACGAGGAAGGAGCUAAGGGAGCUCGGCGCCUCGGCCAUGGUCAUCUCCUCACUCGACGAAGUCGCCUGGCUGCUCAACGUGAGGGGUGACGACAUCCCUUACAACCCGUUCGUCGUCUCCUACGUCAUCCUCACUAUGGAGGAGACCAAGUGGUUCGUGGAUGAGGAGAAGGUGGACGAAAGUCUGCGUGCAUCCUUGCAGGAUGACGGGGUAUCGAUCUUCUCCUACUCGUCGUUGGAAGAGCACCUCGUCCUCCUCGCCAAGGGCUGCGGCAGCGUCCUCGUUGACCCUGCCAAGUGCUCGUGGAAGGUCUACAUGAUCCUCACGCCGGAGACGAAGGAGGAGAUGGUAGAGCAGUGCAAGGUCAUUACACAACUCUCGCCUGUGUGCACCUUGAAGGCGAUCAAGACGGAGGAGGAGCUGCAAGGGUUCCGUGAUGCGCACCUCAAGGACGCCGCUGCCAUGGUGAACUUUCUUUGUUGGAUAGAGAAGGCGAUGGAGGAUAACGUACAUCUGACAGAGGUGUCGGCCGCAGACAAGCUGCUGGAGUUCAGAAAGCAGCAGCAGCUCGCUGAAAUCAAGGCCAGGGCUUCGUGA